AAGGACCAAAGGUUAACAAAAUCAGCAAAAGCCCGCAAUGCAUGUGUUGAAGCGAAAUGGUUCUUCAUAUCUUGUAAGAAGGGUCGGACUGCAUGCGUGGUUUAGGGACAGUUCGUCGUGUAGUGACAGUGUAAAAACAAUAGAUCCACCGUCAAUGGAAGGUGCUAUCAUUGUGGAAAAAGAGAACAACAUUACACUGAUUGGCAUCAACCGGCCAAAGGUGAGAAAUGCUAUCGACUCUGCCACAGGCAAGCAUCUUGCCUCGGCCAUCGCUGCCUUCGAGAGCGACCCAAAGGCGGACGUUGGCGUACUGCACGGCAUCGGCGGAACCUUUUGCUCCGGCUACGACCUCAGCGAGCUAGCAAGCGCUAAACAAACGCAACCGACACAAGCAAUCGUUCAAAACGAGGAAGGAGUAAUGGGACCCACGAGACGUAUGAUACGCAAACCAUUGGUAUGCGCCAUCAGCGGGUACUGUGUGGCCGGUGGGCUUGAACUAGCGCUCAUGUGCGAUCUACGAGUGAUGGAGGAAAAUGCUGUCCUUGGAUUUUUAAACCGACGCUUCGGUGUGCCUCUCAUUGACGGUGGGACCGUUCGAUUGCCGGCGCUUAUCGGACUUUCCAGAGCGUUGGAUCUGAUACUGACGGGAAGGACAGUCUCCGCAAAGGAGGCACUAGAAAUAGGGCUCGUAAAUCGUGUCGUUGCCGUUGGGGCCGGGCUCGGUCAAGCCUAUAAUCUAGCCAUGAGUAUCGCAAAGUAUCCGCAGCUCUGCAUUCGCCAUGAUCGAGAUGCUGCGUAUUAUGGGGCAUUUUCAGCAAAAUCUUUCGAGGAUGCGAUGGAACAGGAAAUGGCAACUGUCACCGUGGAGCUGCUGGAAGAUGCCAAGCAUGGGGCGGAAAAAUUUCGUCAAGGAAUCGGACGAGGAGGAAGUUUUAGUGGCAUUAAGGAGCGUAAGAUACCCGAUUGGGAGAGAUCGGAGAUGAAUCACGAAUCAAAGCUGUGAGAACAUUGCGCUGGUAAUGGAAAGGAAUUUCAAAAAGCUACGAAAGGUCCGUGACCCGUCAUAUAUUUUAAGUGAAAGUAUAGUACCUGCAAACUCAUUCGCCAUCAAAUGUCUGCGAUGGAUGUUUCAAAUAAAGUUUUGAGAGAAAGUAAUAACGCGACUAAAAUUCUAGGGACCCAGCGGAAGUACGAAAAGU